AUGGCAAGUGUAGCUGCGCUAAGAGCCUUGAGGAAACGAAUCAGUCCUUCCUUCACGUCACAAAUUAUCGCUUUCACCUCCAAUUCUCGAUCCAUUAGCACACUGGUGUUAGCUGAACACGAAGGUGGUGCUAUCAAGCCCCAAUCAGUGAGCGCGGUAAAGGCUGCAAAAUCUUUAAGCAACGACAAUCCUAUUUCAUUGCUAUUGGCAGGCUCCGGCUCUGCCCUUCACGAAGCCGCAGCAAAUGCCGCUUCAUGUGACCCUUCAGUUUCUGAGGUUCUUGUCGCUGAUUCUGAUGAAUUUAGUCAUCCUCUAGCAGAGCCUUGGGCUAAACUGAUCCAUUUGGUUCAGCGGAAGGGCGGGUACUCACAUGUAAUCACUGCUUCAGGUUCGUUUGGCAAGAACAUACUGCCAAGGGCAGCUGCCCUUUUAGAUGUUUCUCCGAUCACGGAUGUGAUUGAAAUUUCAGACCCUCAUCUAUUUGUCAGGCCAAUAUAUGCUGGUAACGCACUUUGUACUGUUCGAUACACUGGUGCCGGACCUUGCUUGUUGACAGUUAGAUCAACAUCCUUUCCAGUGCCCUCCAUCUUAGCCGAUUCAAAAUCAAAUGAAGCUCCUAUCACCCAGGUUGAUCUCUCCACCUUUGGUGAAGAUUCUGUUGGUAAAUCUCGAUAUGUAAAGCACACAUCACAGGAUACAGAACGCCCUGAUCUUGGGAAUGCUCGUGUUGUGGUUACUGGGGGCCGUGCAUUGAAAAGUGCUGAAAACUUCAAAAUGAUAGAAAAACUUGCUGAGAAACUUGGUGCAGCUGUUGGAGCUACCCGUGCUGCUGUUGAUGCAGGAUAUGUUCUUAAUGACCUUCAGGUUGGCCAAACUGGAAAGAUAGUUGCCCCAGAGUUGUACAUGGCUUUUGGUGUUUCUGGAGCCAUUCAACACUUAGCAGGCAUGAGAGAUUCCAAGGUCAUUGUUGCUGUGAACAAAGAUGCAGAGGCCCCCAUAUUCCAGGUUGCUGACUAUGGACUUGUAGGCGAUAUCUUUGAAGUGAUACCAGAGUUGCUAGAGAAGCUUCCUGAGACAAAAUAA